AUGGAAGGAAAGAAGGUUCUCGUGGUCGGUGCGGGACCCGUAGGAUCUCUUGCUGCAAUCUAUGCUUCCAUACGAGGUGCAGACGUGGAGGUCUAUGAACUUAGAAAUGAUCUACGGAAUAUCGACACCACUCCGCUCAAUUUCACAAAAUCCAUCAACCUCGCCCUUUCCGAACGGGGCAUCAACGGGCUUCGAUCUGCUGGAAAUCCCGAACUCCUGGAAGCAGUCCUAGCCCAAACCAUCCCGAUGCAUGGUCGAAUGAUCCACACUCGUUCGCCGACAGGGGCUCGGUCUGAGCAAUCUCAACUUUAUGAUGUCCACGGUCGAUUCCAACGUUCCGUCGACCGCGGUGCGCUCAAUCGAGUUCUUCUUGAUUACCUCGAAUCCCUACCAAACGUCAAGUUAUUCUUCCAGCACAAAAUGACAGGAGCCGAUUUUCGGGUAAAGAAGGCUUGGUUCGAAGUCUCUGAUCGAAGCAGCACUUCGGACCGACCCAAGGAAGUGGAAGUGAAUUUUGAUCUCAUGAUCGGUGCGGAUGGCGCACAUUCAGCCACUCGAUACCACAUGAUGAAGUUCGCCCGUACAGACUACCUCCAGGAAUAUAUUGACUGUCUAUGGUGCGAGUUUACCAUGCCGCCCACCGAAUCUGGCGAUUUCGCUAUCUCGCCAAACCAUCUACAUAUCUGGCCGGCCGGAAGCUUCAUGUUCAUCGCGCUUCCCAAUCUUGACAAAUCAUUCGUGUGCACUUUCUUCGGUCCCGUCGAGCUCUUUUCCAGGCUUGAGAAAGAACCAGACUCAGCGCUUCUCGAUUUAUUUGACAAGUACUUCCCAGGGCUUACUGAUCACAUCAAACCUGGCGACCUGGUGUCUCAAUUCAAACGAAAUCCACAUCUACCACUUAUCAAUAUCAAAUGCUCUCCCCAUCAUUUCCACGAUAGCGUGGUAAUCGUCGGCGAUGCUGCCCACGCCAUGGUCCCUUUUUAUGGCCAGGGCAUGAAUGCGGGCAUGGAAUCAGUCCGAGUGUUGUUUUCAAAGCUGGAUCAGUUCCCCAAUAAUACCGCUGAAGCGCUUGCCAGUUAUACUAUCGAGCGAACGGAAGAUGCCCAUACCAUUGCUGACCUUGCACUUGGGAACUAUCAGGAGAUGCGACAUUCGGUUACGUCGCCAUUGUAUAAGCUGCGCAAGUUCGUCGAGGAAAGUCUGGACAAAUACUUUCCAAGUUUGGGAUGGGCGACUCAAUAUUCCCGCGUCAGCUUCAGCAACAUGAGGUACAGUCAAGUGGUGCAACACUCAAGGAACCAGAAACGCAUUCUCAGCGGUAUGCUGCUGGCUCUGGCUGCACUUGCAGCUUCAGGCCCUGCUGCUGCUAUAUAUCUGUUUGCCAUUCGUUCAAGGCUUAUGAAGAACGUCAAAUUCCCGUGGCCCCGAAGAUGA